AUGGACGGUGCCGUUGCUUCGGAGAGAUCCGUGGCGUGGUCACGUCAGAAUAUCCUGGCGUAUGGGUCACAAUUCAAUGACAAUGUAUGUGUUACACUUGCGGCAGAGGCAGGGCAGGGCCUGCGUGGGCGUGUCCUAGCACGCCUUGUCCCCCCUGCGCGCGUCAUGUCCAUGACGCCUUCUGGCCAUCCACCCAGUGUUCUUGGGGCGCCGACCCUGGUCAGUUUUAGUCCUUGUGGCCAUACCCUUUUGGCCUACUUCCCUGCAAUUCCCAGCAUGUCGAAUGACAAGGAUACCAGCACGACUAUGCCUCCUUCGCUAGCGAUGCUGUCGUCUGCCUCGACGUCCAUGCCAGCGCCCGCCGGCCAUCCGAUACCCGUUGCAGCCACUAGCGCUUCGACACCCACCUUGACAUCUAGCUCCCUACCUACGUUUACGCCCGUACAAGGUCCUACGCCCAAUGGAACUGCCUCGCCCUCCAUCACGCCGCUGCCUGGCACACCCGGUAGUACGUCUCAAGGCGAGUCGUUCUCCUUGCAUGCAACGUCGCCUCCCGUUUCGAAUCAUCAAGGUGUGCUCUGCAUAUGGACACGAGCCGAGCAUGCUCCGGUGGACCAGUGGUCCCUAGGCCAAUGGUUUCCUGUUCAGCCUGUGUCUGACGAUCUCGUGGCGCCUGCUACGACAACGUCUAUGCUGCUGGACGACGUACUGGACAUCGCAUGGAUUGGUGAGCCACGGCGUUGGAAAGACAAAGAAGGUACUUAUACACGUCUGCCCGCCUGUGGUCCCUCAGUGCUCAUGCCUCAACCUAGCUGGCCACUGGAGGCGAUACAAACGGAGCAGGCCUGCGUCCUUGUAACGCGAGCCGGGCAAGUGGCGUUUUUGCAUCGAUUCGGUGUUGGUCUCUCCUCGUCCUUCCUGCCCUCUUUUCGCAUGCAUACAGCAUGGCUUGAUCAGCCGAGUAUCCAGCCUCCGCCUCCGACCUUGGAUCAUGUCGCAGAGCAUAGCCCUUCACGUACGACGCUGUUGGAUGUACGACAUGUGAGUAUGACAUUGGUACCGAGUGAGCCUGUGAUCCUUGUAGCGUACAUGGUGAACCCUCGCUCUGUUACAACACCAUGUCUGCAUUGGACGGAGCUUCAUUGUCAGUUGGACGGCGAGAUGUCCUUCUAUGCAAUUGAGCCAUGCCCCUCUGUCCCUCUGGAUGUGGCGUCCAUGGACGGCGUAGCGUCGCUUCUUCCGCCACUUCAAACCGCCUGCCCUCCUCUUACACUGACGUGGACCUGCACAGAGGCCAACACACUGGAACUUUGGGCUAGUCUGUUGGUGUUUGCGUCGUGGCCGGAUGUAGUGCAAGCGCAUCGGCCCAUGUCGGGCUCCGUACUGCUGGCAUGGGAUGUACGACGACAAGCCGAAUCACGCACAGAUCUUUUAGCAGCGUCGUUUACGCGUACGCCAAGUGCGUCAGCGAUACAGGAGGAAGAGGAGGAGGCUACGUUGCGUCCCUGGAAAAUGGUGCUGCGGAAAGCGAGCUGGGUCGCGGGGCAUGUCGUUACGACGCUCCUCUCGCCCAGCUCGACGUUGCCGAUCGCACAAACAAGCUGGGCCACAGCAUGGGACUGUCAAGCCCCUGGCCUUGAAGUGUGGGGGACAGUGGAUCCUGUAUCGCUUACAUGGACUCGGCAAGCGAAUGUCCCCCCUUUAUCGCCGUCUACACGCCAUCGCUCUGCCAUGGCCUUGUCGCCCAAUGGCGUGCUAGCGGCGAUGAUGACAUGGCCUGCAGGCGACAUGGCCUGCAUGGCUCUACCGCUGCUCGCUCCGACUACAGAUCCACGUACGUCCGGUCGUUUGCUGGCGCUUAGCGCUCUACGUGGCACGUCAGCGACCGAUGUGGCUCACGUGGUACGCAUGCAUACGUCGCCGUGGACGUGCGCGUCCCUGAUUGCAUUGAUGCAAGGGGUAUCGGAGGCGCUGGCGUUCAGUACGCCGCAGCGGCCUAUCCCCACGCUAGCCCAAGUCGUUCACAUGCUGCCGAUGGUCCUGGCCCUGACGAGUGAUGCGCAUGACGCGCCCAUGGUCCGCGUGUUUGAGCGGACACAUAGGCUUGCUGCGCUGGCACAUGUGCACCGCGUACUGAGUGCCGCUCGGACGGACUGUACCAAUGCGCGAUUUGUCCAUCUCCUCCUCACGUCCUCGUCCGCGCAGCGUGUAUCGUUUGCGCCGUCCAAAGUAUGGCAGCUGUUGCAUGCGUUGCAGCUUACACUGUUCUGGCUUCAGCAGUGUGUGUGUGUUGGUUGGCAGUGUGGGAUCCCCGGCGCGGAGUCACGUCACAUUCCCUCGGAUCCGCUGCUGGAAGUGCUAGUCCUCCCUGCUGCUGCUCACCUAUGCCAUGAGGUGCUGGCCGGCCUGUGCCUGGUGGUAGACUGGCUUGCGUCCGUGACGCCAGCUGCAUGGCUCGAAGCCAUCGACCAGGAACGCGAGCCCAGCCAGACUAUCACUGUCGAUGCAGCGCAGUGUGAAGCGGCGCUGCAGCAGCUUGUAUCGGUGCGGGAGUACGCUGCGCAGCUUGUGCGAGCUUCGCCUGUGCACGUACGCCAUGCUGUGGACCUGUUUACGCCGCGCGUCUUUGAGCUCACGCCCGAGGCGUUCUGGGAGGCAUGGCUCGGUGAGCGGCCUUGGCACACCUCCGAUGCGGCGUUCCGUGUGGCGCAGCGUCUGCAGGAGUACCCUGCGGCGGUGCGCGAUCCUGUGACGCUGUGUUUGCACGCACACCCGCCCUGGACGGCGUGGACGCUGCAGGCCUCACUGUCUCUGUAA